UCGUCUGAGUUGAGGCAUUGGUGCUUUCAAAAACUCCCUCAUACUACUGUUUAUCUUUUUUCUUAAUUUUAAUUUGCCGUUAAUGUCCCUUACUCCUCAAAUGGAGGCGACAAGAAAAGAGCUGGAAGAUAAAAAUAGUGAUCACAAGGGUAUGGCAGUAGAAGACAAAGCUCGAGUUAGACCUCGACGAAGAAGGCCGUUUUUUCGAAGAAAAUGGACACUUUUAGACAGACGUUCUUUUGGUGGUGUUAUGGCUAUGCAUUUGCUUAGUCUCUUGGCACCAUUUUAUUUCACAUGGCCAGCCUUCUGGCUUGCCGUUGUACUCUACAUUAUCACCGGCUUGUUUGGUGUCACGCUCUCAUACCACAGACAACUCUCGCACAAGAGUUUCAAACUUCCUAAAUGGCUUGAAUACACGUUUGCAUAUAUGGGAGUUCAUUCUCUUCAAGGCGAUCCAAUUGACUGGGUGAGCACACAUAGAAUUCAUCAUCAGUUUGUUGAUACGGAAAGAGAUCCACAUAGCCCAACAGUGUAUGGGUUUUGGUUCGGACAUAUUGCUUGGAUAUUUGAUUCAUAUGAUUUGACUGAAAAAGUUAAUCCAAAAUAUAUCGAAAAAUUUGAGGAAAGGAAUGAAAAAAGAAAGACAUUUAGCAAUAUUUUUGUGGGAUAUUUGAAGUAUGGAAGACCUAAAAAUGCUGAGGAUUUACAAAAGCAAGCCUUUUAUAGGUUUAUUCGAAGAACAUAUAUUCUUCAUCAUUUUGGUCUUGCAAUUAUCCUCUAUGUUGUUGGAGGGCUUCCCUUUCUCGUUUGGGGAAUGGGUGUGAGAAUUGUAUGCUUUCAACAUGUCACUUUCUCUCUAAACUCUGCUGGCCACAUGUGGGGAAAACAACAAUGGAACACUGGGGAUCAGUCCAGAAAUAAUUGGAUGGUGGCGUUACUUAUGUUUGGAGAAGGAUGGCACAAUAACCACCAUGCAUUUGAGUAUUCAGCUCGACAUGGCCUAGAAUGGUGGCAGUUCGACGUAACUUGGUGGAUCAUUUUGUUUCUUGAAGCCAUAGGGUUAGCCACUGAUGUGAAGUUGCCCUCUCGAAAUCACAUGCAAAAGUUGGCCAUUCAACCUAAGAGCGAGUAAAAUAACAGUAAAACAUGGUUGAUAAAUGAUUAAAUACUCUCUCUCUCUCUCUCUUUCAACUUUUCUUUGAUUUCUUCAACUUCUGUAAUUGUGGUGUGGUAUGAAUCAAUCCCCUUUAAUUAAUUUGUUUGAUAUAUAUUAUUGAACACUUCUAAUUUUAUGUUUUUUAAAUAUUUGAAAUGUAGAAUAAAGCGAAAAAGAAAAUUGGAGUUUGUCUAUACUUUUGGCCAUUUCAAUAAAGAGAGAGAAACUUAAGUGUGUGAAAUAUUUGUAAGAGUGUUUCUAAACAAUUUAAUAUAACGUUGUUUUCAGCUUCUA